GCGCAGGCCACCCUCAUAAACGCGAAGAUCGGACUCCAUUGUGGCCCGUUCAUCCUCCUCUGCCCCCCCCCCAAUUGUCGGUCAUCGGGCACGCCCCCCCUGGAUUCCACCCAUCGGACCCCCCGCGCCCGUAGUUGGACUACCACCCAUCCCAUUUCAGCCCAGCCGUCCUUCUGCCUCUCUCUGUCCCUGACCCUCUCUGUGUCUCUCGACCCAUUUGGCCCCAUUGACACACCCGAUUGACCCGAAUGACCCGAAUGAUUGACAUGUCCACCCACGUCUGAUUCAGCCUUACCUGGAUCGGCCCACUAGUCAGGGCAGCACCCCCCCUUCCCCUUCCCCCAAUCGCCUGGAGCCUGAUACCCCUGCCCCCUCCCCUGGUCACCCCCCUGGUCACCCCCCUGGCCACUCUGGAUUGAUUGACUUGAUUGGCGGCCACUGCUCGAUUGGCUGACCCGCGAUCCUGUGAUCGCGCCUCUCUUUCGUUGUUUUAACCCGCCCCGCCUGUCCCAUCAUUCAUUCACCCUGGCUUCAGCCAGUAACAUGAAGCGUGGCAGCUAUGAGGGCGCCCCGCCCGCCCCCGGGGGUGGCCCCAUGAAGCGACCCCGGGGCGAUAAAUUUGAGGUCCGGGUCCUGGUGCCCAGUAAGGUGGCCGGUAGUCUCAUUGGUAAGGGUGGGUGUAACAUCCAGAAGUUGCGCACGGAAAACAAUGCCAACGUGCGCAUCCCCGACUGUCCGGGACCCGAGCGGGUCAUGGCCAUUGUGGUCGAUCAACCCGAGCACGCUGUACAAGUUAUUGAAAAGAGUUUGCCCUAUAUGACGGAGGAAGCUGUUCGCGGCGGGCCUGGUGCGGCCGCCGCCCCCGAUGGCCCCUUGGAACUCCGCCUCUUGAUUCAUCAGUCCGUUGUGGGCGGUAUCAUCGGUCGAGCUGGUUUCAAAAUCAAGGAGAUUCGUGAGGCCACCGGGGCCAACUUGAAGGUGUAUCAGAAUUGCGCGCCCCAGAGCUCCGACCGCUGCGUGGCCGUCUCGGGCACCAUGGACAAACUAGUGGGAGCCUUGGCCGAGGUGUUCAAGAUCGUCUCAGGCACCGAAAUCAAAGGCUCCGAUUCGCCCUAUGAUCCUAUCAACUUCGACGCCUUCUUUUCGAAUGACUAUGGCGGUUACGGCACAGAGGCCGAUGUCUUUGCCGCCGGUGGCUCCGUCGGCGGUCCUCCACCCUUUGGUGGUAGUCGCGGCACUGGCGGCGGCCGUGGGGGUCGCGGUAGUGCCCGUGGCGGUGAUCCCGGUGGUUUCCGGGGUGGACGCGGUGGUUAUCAAGGUGGCCAAAGUGGAAGCUAUGGUGGCGGCGGAGGUCGCGGUGGUUAUGGCAGCGGCUUUGGUGGCGGGGGCCGAGGUGGCGGAGCUGGCGGCGGAGGCUACGGCGGUGGAGCACGUGGUGGCUACAACGAUGGCUACUACGGUUCCAGCGGUAGCCGAGACGGUUAUGAUGGCGGUGCCGGUUUUGCUCGCGGUCAUCAAGAGGUCUUUGAUGGAGGAUUUGGCGGGCGCGGAGGAUCGGGAGGCCAGCCUUUUGCCGCGUAUGGUAACGGCAUGAGCGGCGUGGACAACGGACCUCAAGAAUCGACUCAAGUCACCAUCCCCAAGGAUAUGGCGGGUGCCAUUAUCGGUCCGGGUGGAUCCCGCAUCCGCAAGAUCCGUGCGGACUCCAAAGCGGUCAUCGAGAUUGACGAACCCGCUCCCGGAUCAAACGAGCGCAUCAUCACCAUCAAGGGAACCAAGGAACAAAUACAAACCGCCCAAUACUUCUUGCAACAAAGUGUCCGAGAGAACGCCAGUGCACCUCACCCCAUGCCCUCGGGUUAUGGGGGCAGCAUGCCUCGCUACUAGAACCUGAAGCCCCACCUUAGUUAGCCGAGGCCAGCAUCAACAUUUCUUUGGACUGUACAAAAUCACCUUUCUGAGAGUUCGCUUUUCUUGUCUCGAGACGCAUUCGCUGUCGUGUUGAAGUCAGAACAAGAUCAUUCUCCGCAAUCUGUUGUCUCGGAUUAAAUCACACGAAUCCAAUCGCUUAUUCUUUGUUCCAGUGUCUCCUCUCUCUUUUGAUUAGUUUGCAAUAAAUCUGAUAAUAAUUUCUAA